AUGGCCACUCAGAUCGGCCAGAUCAUGCGCGCUAUGGAGCAGGAAUUCGAUGAGAAGACUCUCCGUAAGCUGAUCCGCAAAUUCGAUGCUGACGGUUCCGGGAAGCUGGAAUUUGAUGAGUUUUGCGCGUUGGUCUACACUGUCGCUAACACCGUCGACAAGGACACUCUACAAAAGGAGCUGAGGGAUGCGUUCCGGCUAUUCGACAAGGAGGGAAAUGGUUACAUUUCUCGGCCGACGUUGAAGGCCCUAUUGCACGAGAUCGCCGAUGACUUGACCGAUCAACAACUGGAAGAGGCCGUAGACGAGAUCGAUGAGGAUGGUUCGGGAAAGAUCGAGUUUGAAGAGUUCUGGGAGUUGAUGGCCGGAGAGUCCGAUUAA